UCCAUCUCCGUUUCGAAAUACCGAGUCUCUUCUCUCUCUUGUUCUCGCUGUGUCCCCUUCAGAAACUCUAUCUAGGGUUUCAAUCCGAACUCGCCAUGGAAGAAGAGAAUGAAUCUCAGAGCUCCGAUCCAAUGGAUCCGCUUCACACUUUGGCUGGUCUCUCUCUGUUCCGUCAUACAUUUUCCAAUUCAACCAAUGCCCCAAAUUCCGACGACCUCCAAGCCAUCCACGCUUUCAUGAAAUCCGUGGCAUUGAGAAAUAGCAGCAAGUAUGUUGAGCAGGCAAAGACCAUUGUAGAAGGGAGUCCAGACCUCCUGAACUUUAACAAAGUUGAAGCCCCUACUGCAAAGAUCAAGGAAAAUGCCCAAGAGCGAAGGCCAGCGUUGGGUCGUAGGCAGGCUCGUUUUUCUUUGAAGCCGAAUUCAAGUCAAUCUUCGGAGAAUGUGGAUCCAAGUUUGGACAUCGGACAACUUCAAGACCCGGAGAAAAAGGGAACAACGAUCGUAUGCUGUAGUGCUGUGGAUUUCAUUCUGUCUUGCCAUCAUUCUACAGAUGCCACGAAAGAAUUACAAAGACAGAGGGGUGGAAGUGAUUCUGAUUUAAAUGACUACCAUCAAUCAAAAACUGAACGGCGCCGCCGACCAGGAAUUCGGGGGAAAUCAGCUAGUUAUAAGCAUCAUUAUUCAUCAUUACUUCCUGAAAGUGAUGACAAUUUUAUAUCCUCUCAAGAGACAUUAAGAUCGGACAUUCUCAGUCCACCAAAUUAUAUUUCACAACCUGAAACUGCUGAUCCAGAUGUUGAAUUGGAGGAAAGAGAAUUAGCUGGAUCAUUUUCUAAGGACCAGCAAAGAGUGGGCGAACUUUUGGACAAGUUACUAUCUAGCAACUGUGAGAAUUUAGAUGGAGAUGGAGCAGUAUCCUUGUUGCAGGAGCACUUGCAGAUCAAACCUCUUGAUUUGGACAAGUUAUGCCUUCCUGACUUUCAUGAUGUUGGGGGGAAGGAUUUUAUCAACAUGGGAGGAAACUUUUCAAAGCCUCGGAAGGCAUUAUCAGAUAUUUCUAAUUUGAUGAAGGGGAUGAGUGGUAAAACACCUGUGAAACACAAACAGGUGACAAAAAGCUCUGUUUGUUCUUUGGCUUCGCCCACCCCUCCAAGAAGUCCAUUUGCUUCUAUGUCAUUGUUAAAAAAGCGCAUUUUGCAGUCAAAUCCCCUCAGUGAUCCAUUCUCAGUACUCAAUCUCUCACCACCCAUAAAUUCUUCUGUUGAACAUGUUGAUGAUCAAUCAGAACAGUGUAAUACAGAGAAGGAAUUGGUGGUUUCUGGUGACUUGAAGUCACUGGUAAGUGAAGCCGGUGACAUUAGAGUGGGUGACAAAGGUUCACAACAGAUGAUCACAAGACAUUCAAUCUCCCAAAUUGAGAAAUCUGAGGAUGACAACACUGGUAGGAUUGGUGUCGGCUCAAAUGGAUUUUGCAGUGACCUGAAAGAUAGCCAAGCAAGCAGGAAUGUGGAUGGUAAUGACCACGCACUUAAUAUUGACAUAGAUAUUCCGGCAAAUGUGCCCUUGGAAAUGGAUGAGGAUAAUUGCAGGCUUAUUUCUGAUACUAACAUUCAGGCAAAUGAACCCAAUGAAAUGAUGGAGAAAGAAGUGUCAUCUGGUGAUGUCAACUAUGGGAACACAGCUGGGCCUCAUAAUGAUUUUCAGACACAUGGACCAAAUGAAAAAGAGGUUGAAGAUAUGCCAUUGAAUGAAGAAGCAAAUAUUGAUGCCACAGAGCUCACUGCGGGUAAAUUGGAUGGUAAUCAGAGUCAGCAGGAUAAAUUAAGUCCUCCUGGAGUUGAGUCCAAUGACAUGGAUGGGACAUCUAGAACCACUGAUGCGAUUCCAGAAAAACAUAUUGAGAACAUCAAGGAACCUUCUGGAGAGAAAGGACUUGCAGUCAGUGGUCGUAGAAGAAAAACACUUUCUCAUAGGCAAAGCCUUGCAGGGGAAGGUACAUAUUGGGAAUCCGGUGUAAGGAAAAGCAAAAGAAUCAAGAUGAGGCCUUUAGAAUAUUGGAAAGGCGAAAGGUUUUUGUACGGACGCAUACAUGAGAGCAUGACAACUGUAAUUGGAGUGAAGUAUGUCUCACCAGCAAAAGGUGAUGGGAAACCCACCGUCCGGGUCCAGUCUUAUGUCUCUGAUAAAUACAAGGAACUAGUUGAACUAGCAGCUUUGCACUGAAAUCUUGUUUUCUCCAACAAGGAUGAUUGAGGUAUCCUGUGGGCCAUCUUAUUUUCACGUCUUUGAACAAAUUAAACAGUUCUCAUGUGUUACUACUUACCACUUGGUCUGAUUGAAGUGACAUUCAGUGGGGGAAUGAACAAGUGCUUUAAUAUUUGUCUGAUGUAAAGUUGCAAAUAUGGUUUGUCUGUUUAAAACCCCGUGUUCUUUUCACCAUUGGUAGCUGGGUAAUUAGAUACACGCACCAGUUUGAUCUGAAAGUUCAAAUCAUUGGCCUUUGAUCUGAUAAUUACUGUUCUUGAAACUGAAGGGAAGAACUCAAAAGCCAACCAUGAGCAGAACUGGUACCUCAUGGAGCCUCGCUGCAGUUAGUUUUACCAGUGCAACUUUGUAAAUGUAGGAAGCCAUACUCCUCUUGGUCCAUCAAUUGGUUUUACUUUUCAGUAUUUGAAAGGUAUUUUCCAAUUCAGCUUAGAGAUAAUUCCAAAUGUUAUGAUAAUGUUGCUGAAGUACUUAAAUUU